CAGUUCUUCAUCCCGUUUCUGAUUAUGUGUCACAUACAUUCCAAAACCGGUUUGUAUACACUCAUUAGAAUGAUAGAGCUCCAGUGGCCUCCAACCCCGACAGCCGAUUUCACGGCUGUUGUUUCCUGGGCUCCGGUGCACGGACUGUUCGGCCAUAUUCGAGAUUGCCCGGAUUGCUCCGGUGUUUAGGGGCUCACAAUCCGGGUGGAGCCAUCCGCGUAGUCGUGAUGUUGCCGUUGGGGUUGUAUUAUUUGGCCCUUCGUUUAAACGCGAUAAUUCACGCGUUUUAUCUCGCGAUGUAGAAUUUGCGGCUGUAACAUUAUCUCGAAUUUAAAUGCGUUGACAGCCUUGAAAAAUUUACAUUUUUGUGUAAGUUACAUCGGAUCUGAAUGAUCCAGGGACACCCUAGUGGCUAGAUAGUGUAAUUUUCGAGAUCAAACUUUGUGAAUGUGACGUGUUAUUCAUAAACGUAAAGCUUAACGUUAUUAGUACUGUCUUGAUUUUUGGGAUUGUUCGGAAUGACCAUGGUAAGACUCUAAGAAUGUGCGCCUCUCAGAAGAUUUAAGAAUUGGUGGUUUACCGCAACGAACUGUUAAGAUCUGUGGCUCAACUGUUUCUUCACCCAUCAAAUAACCACAAUUGGGAAUUCGAAGGAAGCGGUCAUGUAGUAUGAAGAUGUCCAGUGCCGGGUUUCUGGUUGUCGUUCUGGUGUUACUCGUAACGUGUUCCGUUGCUGAACUAGCUACCGAAUUUGCCGAAGCGAGUGAUGGAAGUACAGCUACACUUCCAUGUCGUCUGUCUACUGGCGACAUUUCCGAUAAAAUAACGAACAUUUUGUGGUAUCGUGGCGCGGAAGAGUCUCCGAUCUACAAAUAUGAGGCUCGAGGAUCACAUCCUCAGCAUACGGCUGAUCCCGACUUACAAAACCGAUAUUUUUUGCGCGUGAAUGAACAGCAAGCUCUACUGAUGAUAUCUCCAACGAAAAGUUCAGAUGAGAGCGUAUUUCAUUGUAAAGUGGACUUCGAGAGGUCACCGACAAAGAUAACUCAUGUCAAUCUGACUAUUAUAGUGCCUCCCACAAAUGUCCAAAUAAGUGACAGCAAUGGACUGGUGAAAAAAGAUGUGACCGAGGCAUAUGCUGAAGGUGCCAGUUUAACUCUUGUCUGCACAGCGACAGGCGGAAAACCCUUGGCGAGGGUAUCAUGGUGGAGAAAUCAAACGCGAAUAACUGAUGAAACUCAGUAUUUCCCAGAUCGUGCCAAAUCGCAAAGUAUUCUAAAAAUUGAGAAGUUGACAAGGUCUCAUCUGCUUUCCGUCUACAGUUGCGAGGCGAACAACAGUAACAAACAACCACCUCUGGUAGUUCGAGUUGCCAUUGACAUGUACCUGCGACCUCUUGAGGUCGUUUUAGUGGGAAAUAGUGCUCGGUUCAGUGCGGGAAAGAUGUACAACAUCACCUGCGAGUCCAGAGGAUCGAGACCUCCAGCUUCGAUCACCUGGUGGAAGGAUGGUCGACGUUUAGAGAAUGGAACUGUAGCGUUCAGUGAGGAUGGCAACGUGACCAGAAGUGUUUUGCAGUUUCUGCCCGAGGCCAGUGAUCAUGGCCUAACUUUGGCCUGUAGGUCUUCAAAUCAACGAAUACCAUUUAGUGAAAUUCAGCGGACGUGGAUGCUCAAAGUACUAUAUCCUCCAAAGGUCAAUAUGACUCUUGGCCAUGGUCUCGAUGGUGGAAAUAUCCACGAAGGCGCCGACGUUUACUUCGAGUGCCACCUUAUAGCAAACCCAUGGGUGCAUCGCGUAUGGUGGUUAAGAGAUGGCGAAAGACUUCUAAGCAACUCAACCGCAGGAGUGAUAGUCAGCAACCAAACUUUAGUAUUACAAGGUGUCAGCCGAAGUAGUUCUGGUCAGUAUGCUUGUGAAGCCACCAAUGAAGAGGGCACUUCCAUAAGUCCAGCUUUCCAUCUACGAGUGAAAUUCGAACCCGUUUGCAAGGAUGGAACAGCCCGAAAAAUUGUUGGAGCUGCAAAAGAUGAACCUGUUCAUGUCGAGUGCAAGGUUGAUUCUGAACCUGCUCCCAUAGAAUAUCGAUGGAGUUUCAACAGCACUCCAGGUAUUUCAAGAGAUUUAAGCAAACACUCUACAGAAGAAGGUGGUAUUAGUAUAUUGACCUACAUCCCACAUGAAGCUGCUGAUUAUGGCACUCUGCAAUGCUACAGCAGAAAUGAUAUUGGUUGGCAAAGAAUAUCCUGUGCAUACCAUGUGGUACCUGCCGGUAAACCUGACCCACCACAAAACUGCGGACUUACGAAUAUAACUCAUCAUUCCGUAGUUGUUUCGUGCCAAAAAGGAUUUGAUGGAGGGCUGAAGCAAAAAUUCCUGCUGGUAUUGUUCUCGGGGGAACUUUUCGUUGCCAACAUAUCCGCGCUCAGUAGCCCCGAAUUUUACAUACCGAAUUUGGAGCCCGCCCAAGAAUAUUAUGCUUCAAUUUAUUCAUUCAACUCCAAAGGUUCUUCAAAGAACACUCAACCAAUUAUCCUUCGCACAUUACCGGCACCAGGUUUAAAAGAACUGCGAAGAUCUACCGAACCAACAGAUAGUCCAAAAACUGGAAUAUCUGGCCCUUGGCUAUACAUUCUACUUGCAGCAGGAUCAACUUUCAUUGUAGCUGCAGCUAUUGGGUUGAUUGUAUUUGUCAUCAGACGAUUUAAGGUGGAAACACCCGUUAGACAUCCCCCGGUUGGAAGGCCGAAGCCAGAAGAAACACCAUCACACUCUCUAGUGGAACCAAUUCUCACCGAUACUAUACAGGAAGAUGAUAACAAUCCUGAUCUUAUACCUCCCACAUAUG